CGGACGCAUCGGAGGAGGAGGAGAGGGGAAAGGGAAAGCGGCACAAAACCCUCGCCACCUCCGACCUCCCGGAGCGCGGCCGCCCGCCCGCCGAUGGCGGCGCCGCCGGGACGCGGCGGAGCCGACGGGUACUGCGACCUCCCUGACGUGAGGCUCGAGUUGGACCCGGGUAAGGUCAGAGGCGGCGGAGGUGGGUUUACCGUCUGCUUCUGGCUCUACCUCUCCAGCUCCGCGAGGCCUUCCUCUGUCAUCCUCCAUCAGGUAGCGGAAGGAGGUGGCGACAAGGUGCCAUUUCUUGCAUUGGGUGAAGGGAAUAAACUGAUUCUCUUCCCAUUGCUGGGGUUUCACAGGGAAGCCCCUACUCCUGAUAGUUCUUACCCAUGGACUGACAUAACCAAUCUAACUGAAGUUAAUGAGUGUCCCCUUGACAAUUGGUUCCAUGUCGGGUGUGAGGUUACCGAAAACAUUAUGCGUCUUCAUAUUGAUGGCGACCUAGUUGCUGAAACUCAUCUUCAUUCGCUGUACAACGAACCAGACUAUCAGGAUGAUGCAAACCAAAUUAACUUACUAGGAAGCGAGGACAAGCUCGAAGGAUAUGUAUAUAACAUGGAGUUGUCAUGUAUGCUAGGAAACAUACAACAACAAUUUGCAAAGAACCCACCAUUUAAAUUAUCUAUUGACUACUCAUGCUCUGAUGGAAUCGAAGAGGGUGAUGAUGGUAUUUGGAAUAUUGUGGGUGGGAAGGCCUCUUGCCGGAGGAACUUCAUUUUGGAAGUUAUACUAGUAGAUGCAUUUGGUGAAGCAGCAAAGGAUAGAGAGAUCGUUGCUUCACUCGUCUAUGCUGACAAUGGAGCGUUAGUUGAAAAAUCAAGAGAUGAUUCAGAACCUCCUUUGCUAAUUAGUUGUGAUGGAAUUGAAUACCCAGCUGUAAGCAGGCCUCUACCAAUUAUUCGUGGGCGUGCACUAUUUAAACUCAAGAUUUCUCAGCUAUCUUCUAAAUGCGACAAUAAGCUCUUCCGUAUUUUUUUCUCUACACUUGGCAUGAAAAGAUAUACUUUUUUGGAGGCGUAUUCCAAACCUAUUCGUUGUAUAUCUCGAAACCGCACCAGCCGCCCAUUGGGUUCUGCAAAGCGGAUAGGCUCUGCAUCAAUGGAUGAUAUUAAAUCAAUCAAUAAUUGUGAAGGGUUUGGUCACAGUGGAAAAGCAAAUGGUCGGUUGCAGACACACGACCCAAGUUCAGUGGUAUGUUUCCAUCCAUCCAAGUUUUCCAAGAUAGAAGAUGAUGUACAGAAAACAUCAUCACAGAAUAAACAUGCAAAAAAGAUGGUGCUAGACAAAGGAGCACAGGAUGUCAUGGUGUCUGAUUCUACAGCAUCAGAUUACGACAGCAUGGAUGCAGGAAGUUCUUGGAGUUUAUCAGAUGGAGAUGAUGUUGAAUCCUUUUCGGACGCUGAGAUUUUCAGAUAUUGUUUAGAUGGUACACAUGAGCGGUCAAAGUUUCUCAGAGCUGCAGCUCCUUCUGUUAACGAAGAUGACUUGAUAAAACUUGCAAAUCAGGUCUCUUUGUAUAGUGGAUGCACCCAUCACAGAAACCAAAUAUUAAUAUCAAAGCAACUGCUCCAAGAGGGUGCUGACAUUUGGAGUAUAAUCUCAAAGAACAAUGAACGUGCUCUUUGGUCAUCUGCAGUUCCUGAAAUGAAAGCAAAAUUUUUGGAAAUAGUCCAUCCUUCCAACAGGGGUUUGUCGGAGCAGGAUUUUGAGGUUUUAAGAGGAAUUGCUGGUUGUGGUGAUGACAUUGGAAGAGACGAGUUUGAUAAGCUAUGGUCCUGGUUAUACCCAGUUGCCAUUGCUUUGUCAAAAGACAAAAUAAACAGGCUAUGGGAUUUCACAGCACAUAGAUGGAUAGAGGGAUUGAUUACAUUACAGGAAACUGAGAAUGCGCUAAGAAGUUCCAGGGACCGGCUUAUGAAGCCAGGAACAUUUGUCCUUAGAUUUCCUACUACCCGAAGCUGGCCACAUCCAGAUGCCGGUAGCCUGGUUGUUACCUAUGUUGGCUCCGAUAACUCAAUUCAUCAUAGACUUUUGUCUCUUGAUGUCAGUGAUGCUAAGUCUGGCAACCUAGAAGAUUUGUUGCUGAAGGAGCCUGAAUUGUCCCAGCUAGGAAGGGUUGAUCGCCUGCCAUCCUCUAUGCAGAGCUAAGAAAAGAAAUGGAUUGUGGUCUCAUAUAUGAGAGCCAACACCAGCAACUCGAAGGUCACUACUAACCAGAACUCUGAAUACAACAACCAGUUGCAUGUUGGUGAACCUUUUUAGGCUGUAGCCAUGUACAGUUUGUAUGUAAAUCUAGCGCUUUAGGGGAAUAGAUGAUAGAUAAUAUAGGCUAGCAGUGAACAUGUAGCCAUGUACAUUAUAGUUGUAUUGGGUCUGGUGCCUUUGCUGGGGUUUUGCCUCUCUCACCAGUCUCAUCCGAAAUUUUAGUUCAAAUUCUAGGCCCACAUAUGUGAAUGGACCUGAAUUGUGGCUCAUCCAACCAAGGCAUGUAGUGGGAGCCCAUCAAAGCAAAGGAAGCUCCGGGGAUUUUGUAGCGAAUUAUCAAAAUUCAAAGGCCGCAUCAUGAUGUAUUGCUGCAAAAUAAUCCAAACAGAUUGCCAUGUCUCAACUUA